AUGCUGCAAGGUCAGUACGAUCAGAAGCCUAAUGGCGGCCCUCAGUAUAACCAGCCGCAGGGGCCCGGGCAGAACGUCUACACCGGCAACCCCAUGAAUGCGCCGGGCAGCCGCCCUGCUGUCCACAGCCGUCUCGGUAAUUGGCACUACUCGCUGUGUGUGUGCUGUAACGACAUGGACUCGUGCUGCGAGGCGUGUUGCUGCUUUCCUUGCCAGGUGAGCCGGCAGUGCAAUAUGCUCGUGAGCAACCGCAGGGAGAUCCACUGGCCUUACUGCUUGCUCAUGACCCUGUGUGACGUCAGCUUGCUUUUCUUUAGCGUGACGUGCGUCUUUGCCAGUGAGACACGUCGGCUAGCGCGCGAGCGGUACGGCAUUUCCGGCAGUGGCUGCGACGAUUGCUGCAUCGGCUACUGGUGCCGCACCUGCUCUGCGCAGCAGGUGCUGCUGGAGAUGACCGCGAUGAGCGAAUUCCCAGGGGCCACGUGCUACGAGGCUGCCCCUCAGCCCGCGGCCAACCGGAUGGUCUAA